GUGACGAAUACGGAAGUUAUUCGCUGCCUGACUGGCAGAUAUCACAGUUGUUUUUGUCCGUAUAACUUUUUGCUUGUCUUCUUUGACAUUUCUGACAUUGUUGGACAUUGUUAAACUUUCUCGGAGCGCGCAGAUCGUGACGCUCUGCCGUGCCGUCAUGCUAUGGCGUCGUUUGUGCUGUUUUGACGCAAAGCCUGCUGGGUAAUAUGCUAAGGAGCUAAACACAACGUGCGUCGGUUGAACGAACUCGAAAUUAUGACAAAGUGCACCUGAAGCGGUCAUGUCGUUGUGCGAGCAGAGGGACAGGAUCCGGCAGCAAGUGGAACUUCUGCAACGACGUUUGUGUGCCAGCAACAGCGAACUGCAGCAACUCAGCAGCGACUCAGAUGGCGAGUCUGGCGAAGACACGGACCUGGAGGCGCCGCCGUCCGUUGCAGGUCUGCUGGCUCAGAGGCAAAAGAUCGAGACAGAGAUCCAGAACCUGGAGAACAUUCUGGGACCGCACAGCCCCGUCAGUGUGUCAGAUGGUGACGACGACGACGACGGCAACAGCAGCGGUGAAAGUGAGCUGGGUCUGUCCACGACCGUGGACUCGUGUCUUCAGAUGAACCUGGUGUACCAGCAGAUCCUUCAAGAAAAGCUCAAGCGGCUGGAGAUUCUUCUGGCGCACAACCAGCGACAACAGAAGGAGGCGGUGUCUCAGCUGUCCGGGCCAAUCAGAGAAGCUUCCAAAGAAGAGCCCGCCUCCUCGUCGGCGUACCCGAAGCACGGCGCCUUGUUCCUGGGCCACUUCUUGAAGCCGUACUUCAAGAGCAAAGUCACAGGCCUGGGUCCUCCGGCCAAUCAGGAUGCGAAGGAGAAGAUGAUGAAGAUGAAGGGUUGCCUGGACAACAGCAAGAUGAAAGUCAAACGAUGGGAGAGUUGGCAGAAAACCUUGCUGAUCAACUCGGUUUCCAAAGACGGUCUGAGGAGACUCCUCCAACCCAAGCUGUCCAGGUUGGACUACCUGACUCAGAAGUUGUCUUCAUCGGACAAGUCCGAAGACGAGAAGCAGCAGCUCAAAGCUCACAUUGAAAUUCUGGAGAAAGACAUUGAAUCCAUCAAAUUGAAGAAGGAGGAGGAGCUUGUUGGGGACCAGAACGAGUACCACGACUGGCACAAGAUCGCCAACAUUGACUUUGAAGGCUUGCGCCAGGCGGACGACCUUCGCCUCUUCUGGCAGAACUUUCUGCAUCCCUCCAUCAACAAGAACCGCUGGAGCGCUGAAGAGGUUCAGAAGCUUAAGGAGGUCAGCGCCAGAAACCAGGAGACCAACUGGGACCUCAUCGCUAAGGAGUUACGGACGGGCCGCACCGCUUUCAUGUGCCUGCAGACGUUCCAGAGGUUCAUCUCGUCCUCUCUCAAACGCGGGGCCUGGACCCCCGCCGAGGACCAAAAGCUCACGCAGAUGGUUGAGAAGAUGCGGAUCGGGAACUUCAUACCGUACACGCAGAUCUGCUACUUCAUGGAGGGUCGAGACACGCCGCAGCUCAUCUACCGAUGGAGUUCAGUUCUAGACCCCCAGCUGAAGAAAGGAACCUGGUCCACAGAGGAGGACCAGCUGCUGCUGAGAGCGGUCGCACGUCACGGGGAGAAGAGGUGGUGGAAGAUCCGCUUGGAGGUCCCUGGCCGCACCGACGGAGCCUGCAGGGACCGAUACUUGGACUGCCUGAAGGAAGGAACCAGGAGAGGAGCCUUUGACUUGUAUGAGCAGCAACUCCUCCUCCAGCUGCUGGACAAACAUGGCGCCGGUCGCUGGGCGAAGAUCGCGGCAGAGAUUCCACACCGCAACGAUGCUCAAUGUCUCAGAGAAUGGAAAAAAAUGAUGAGACGCGCAAAAGAGCCUUUGAAGAUAAGACAACGAAUACCAAAGACCUCCCAGGAAACCAAGACCAUGAAGAAUGAGAAAACCAAGUUGAGGGCAAGCAUUAGGAGGCGUCUGCAGAGAAUCAAAGAGGAGGAGGACAGCAGCCAGGAAGACGAGGAUGAGGUGAAGUACGUGGACACUGGGGGCGAAGACGAGGAACAGGAAGAGAGUUCAGUGGACAGCAAGUGUGAGGAAGAUGAGCCGGAUGAUGGAGAGGAGGACAAAGAUUACUACCCGGUCCCACCCAUGCACGAGUGGAUUCCGCAGGAGGAAAGUCCAGAGUCCAGUUUCCGCCGUGCUAGGCUGGUGACGCUGGAGCCGGCAUCCGCCGACCCCCUGUCGGGUCCGACGGCCGUCCGCUCCACGGUGGUGGCCGAGUUCGGCCGCUCGGUGGUGGUGGGCCCGCCGCCCCGGCGGCUGAGCUGGGAGGAGCGCCACGCGGGCGGCGCCAUGCUGAUGAUGUCCCAGGAGCAGCUGCACUCGCACCUGUGUCACCAGGCCAACAAGUACAACAAGCUCCGCCCCCGCCGCCACCCCCCCAAGAAGGGCCAUGUGACAGUCACAGAGAUGGACUACAUGCUGCAAGCCGCCGUGUUACCUUGGGUGGGGAAUGUGCUCGUGCCCAGCCCAGCCACCCCCACGCUGGCCGACGCCCUCGGGGACAAGACGACGCUGAGCUCCACCCCUGUCUUCAGGCUCCUCCUCCGCGCCAUGACGGUGGAUGUCUCUGGCUGCAAGGACGUCAUCGUCAGGCGGGGCUGCGACAAGCUGACCCCAUCCCCGUGGAGACCCCUCCUACCGCGCCCGCCACCGCCAAAGCCCGAAUUGACACCCGCCUUAGCACCCCCAUGUCUCAAGAACCCCAAGACGGUGGCGGCCAUGUUGUACACCAACCGGGCGCGCCCCCCGGAUGCGGGGCCGGCGGCGGUGAUGCAACAAGCUCCCCCCGCUGGCUUCCUCCCACACGCCCCUCCUUCAAUCUGCCUCGUGACCACGCCCCCUUUGUUGCCCAAGGCACCUCUAGCUCUGCGCCCUUUUCAAGUCCAAUCACAGACGUGGUGCCGCCUCCCGUUUAUCCUCCCCUGCGCGCCUCCCAGGCCCCCUCCGCCCUCCAUCUGGCUGCUAACCACGCCCCCUCUUUCUGGAGGCCUCUCUGGCCCCGCCCACCCGUCCUUGCCCACGUCCCCUCUUUCUGUGCACCUCGUGUCCCCGCCCCUCCUCGCUGGCCCUGUACGCCCAUCCUUGACCGCAACCCCUCUAGCUCCGCCCCCUCUUGACUACUCUUCUGCGGCACCCACCUCGGCCCCGUCCGGCUCCGUCACUCUUGACCACGACUACAGCAGUCCUGCCCCCAAGCCGCCGCCCACGAGGAGGAAGCGGGGGUGCGAGGAAGAUUCUGGGGGCAGAACUCACACCAAUGUAGGGAAGCGAAUCAGGAAGUCGAGUCAGAAGGCCCAGCCGUGGCCCAAUGGUUAAGCUCCUCGCCCGCCACCGUGGGGGACCUAGGUUCAAGACCCCGACCGGACCAUCCUCCAACAUCCCCCGGGCUCACGGUUGUGGUGUCCUUGAGCGAGACACCGAUACCCCGAAAUGCUGCCCCGGUGUGUUCCACUAACGUGUAUGUGUUCACUGUGAGGGGGUAAAAUGCAGAGAACACAUUUCAUGUGCAUGCAUGCAUGUUCAUGACAAUAAAGGUGAUUCUUCUCCUUCUUAAGCCGGCGCUUGUGAUUGGCUCUCUGGUCAUAUUUGCCACUCUGCCGGAGUCUCAAAUGCAACAUUUUUCCAAAUAGGACCUUAAAGAGUCACCUUGCGAUUCUCCUUUUUUACAAAAGCAAAUGUCAAUUUGUCAAGGUGGGGCAUCGAGCUCAUCCAUGAUAGGCAGGGCGGUGAUGUUUUCAAUGGCCUUAUGGGUGACUGUGUUCUCCCGAGAGUAAAUGUUUGCUGAUGCUCUGCCCAUCUCUCCAUCUGUUUGUUUUGAACCGUGGCGAUGUCUUCCGAGACUGAUUUGAGACGGGCAGUCUUGAUGACACUCGAGCACAAUGCUUUUUUGAAGACCUCAUACUUCGGACAUAUAUAUUCCCGCCGUGGGAGGAGGCCCGGAUGCCGUGACACAUUUUCAGCCAGUCGUCGUCGGUACACUUGCGGGCGAUGGGUCGGUCUUUGUUUCGGGCUAGGCGGUAAGCUGCGAGCGUCCUCUCGGCGGGUUGUCUCUCGUAUUCGAGAAGUGCAGCCCGCUUGACGGCGAUAGCAGUUUUCAUCUCCACGAUCCCUGACUCUAGCCAGUCCUAGUUUUUCUUCUUUCUCUAACCGAAGGUGCCCAGGUCAGUCUGACUCACGGGUGUGAGUCCGUCGCAUUGUAGAGUCGUCAGUUGCCAGUUCUCGAGAGCCUCGUCAGCAGCUCUGGUGAAGCGUACCCGUAGUUCAGGUAUUAGCGCUCCAGCGGUGUUUAUGCCUUCCGCUUGGAGCGAUAAAUGCGCUUGGGUUGAAGGCGCAUCUUGCUGCAGACUAAGGAACGGUCAUUGUCGCAGUCAGCAGUGCGAUAACUACGGGUGACCAGCACAUAGGGGACUAGGGGUCUUCUAGUGGUGAUGAAGUCCAACUGGUGCCAGUGUCGUGAUCUUGGGUGCCUGCAGGACACUCUAUGCUGUAGCUUAGUGGGAGGAAAAAGGUGUUUGUGAUCCAGAGGUUCUGGUACCCGCUGCCCAUUCUCAUUGAGCUUCCCUAUGCCAAAGUGGCCAAUGCAGUGAGGCCUGUAAUCGGAGCCAAUCCUGGCGUUGAGGUUCCCAGGUAGAAGCAGAUGCUCUUUUGGAGGGAACGCUCUGAUUUUGAUGUUCAGAUUGUCAUAGAAUGCAUCUUCAGCCUCAACUGUGGAGCAGAGUUUUGGGGCAUAGACACUGAAGAUGUUGAUAGUCCCGGAAGACGUCGUGAGGAGGAGAGAGAGAGUUCGAGCAGUUCACUGCGAAGGUGGUUCCAUUGAGGGUAGAAGUGAGUUACGUGAGUUGCAAAUCCUACACCAUACACUCUGUGGUCGUUGGAUUCCAGCCCCUGCCAGAAGAUGUAGAUGUUCUCCUUGAGACUACCGUUUGAUGGAAGAAGUGUCUCCCGAAGGUCCGCGAUGUCCGUGUUGAGUCUCAUCAGCUCGUGGUCGAUGAUAGCCAUUUUCCGGUGACGUCAAUUUGACGUCAGUCAUAAGCGGUGCCAGGACAAAUGUUCUGACCUUUUGUAGUUUUGCUGGGUGCCGAGUUUACAGUCGGGUCUUCGGUCUUUACCCUGAGCUCCAAACACACAUCGAAGCAUGCAGACUGUAACGGGUCAGCGUCUUAAUGGCUGGGGGCUGCCCUGCUUGAAGCGGACAGGGUCAAACUUCCUCUGAGUAGUUUAGUUGUAGUUUAGCCUGAGGUGCUCAGUUUUCAUGUGUUGUCAAGGGAGGAGGCUUCAUACUGACAAGGAGAAGCUGACGCACUCUGCUCGCCCUUUCGCCACCCCGCAAGAACAGCAGCGCUAGCCGGCCGUAGUAGUGCGACGCUACCACACGAAACGAAUCACGACGACCUUUAACACACGCACACGCACUUGAUACCGUACACACUCACGCAUAACCACACACCCACAAAGCCUGCAACAAACA